UCCACGUAGAUUGUGUUACGGGGUGGAAAUUAUCCAGUACACACAAGUGACGGGAAUACUUUUAUAGUACUAAUCCCCACAGUCAUCUGAAUAUAUGGAGGCUGCAUUGUGCAAUGUCACCCAGGUCCAAGGAAAAGCCGGUCUGGUCAGCGUUGGCGAUUUAAUCAAACACAAUACCUUUGUAGGUUUGUACUUUUCUGCUCAUUGGUGCGCGCCAUGUCGUGGAUUUACACCAAAGUUGAUAGAGUUUUACAACACCAUGAAAGCCAAUGAUCAGCCCAUAGAGAUUAUUUUUGUGAGUUAUGACCGUGAUCAGGACCACUUUGACAACUUCUACUGCGAAAUGCCAUGGCACGCUAUCCCCUAUAGUGAUGAAGAUAAAAGAGAUGAACUUGCGGAUAAGUAUGAUGUUAAGGGUAUUCCGUAUUUAGUGAUUAUGGAUAGUCAAGGGACAAUUAUAGACAAGGAAGGAAGGGGAACUGUCCAAACUGAUUGCGGUACCGAAAUUCCAGGAAAAUGGAGGAAGACAUGAGUGGUCCAUACCCACAUAUAACUCGUACCUCACUUAUUUCGCUCUUGUUUUCUAAUUUACACGCUGGAAGAAUGUGACUUGAAAAGGUGAUAGUUUGCAAACAAAGCAUUCCAAUGACUGGUGCAUUGAUAAUUCGAGGUUUUCUGUUUAAUACAUAUGCACAUAUUAGAAACUAACAAUAGCUGCAAUAUAU